AUGGAAGAUCCACUGCUCUCUUACGGAAAUUUCAAGUGUCUCGGAGAUUCCGACCAAGAAGAAUACUUCAGUAGAAUGGCUGGAGUUUCUCGCAUCUGGAAGGACUUCGAUACCUCAUGCCCCCGUAUUGACAAGAUGGUUUUCGAACAUUAUGAAGCCAAUAACCGCCUAACUGCCGUUGAGAGAGAGGCGGCGUAUUCUCUGCAAGAACUCAUCAAGAAGAAAUGGCGCUUAUCCAAGACACCACUUCCUGAGCCCAAAGCAAGACACGCACUCCGAAACGUAAGGGAAACAACUCGCUGGUACGAUGACGAUCUUCGAUGGAAUUCUGUUGAUUCGCGAUUUGAAUUCGAGCAAUCUCAAGACCCUCAGCCGAAAUUCCUAUCGAUAGAUGACAUUGAAAGACCUAUUCGUCAGCAUGGAUUUUUAAAGCACAUCUCUUCUGCUCUCCUCUUGUACCGCCUCAAUAUUCUCGCUGGGAAAUUCAAAGAAGUGGAGAGUGAUCGUUACAAGGCUUCUUGGGAUAUGACUUUCGCCACCGAGAUGGCGUCAGUAUCCUCCGGAUGUGGGACAGCAAAGGAAGAGCCAAGGCAGAAUUCUCCGGUUUGA